AUGCAGAGCUCGACUGUUGUAUACCUGGUGGGCGGAAGCACGGCUGUGAUCUGGAUUCACACAUUCACUCCCAGUGAUGCAGUGUCAGAGGUGCUGGCGGAGAGAAAUGUGAAUGCGGAGAAGUACAUGGUGCAGGAGGUCGCCAAAGCUCUUCUCACCGCGGCAGCGUCAGUACUCCUCUUGCAGCCCCCCUUCCUUCUAGGCUUCUACUUCCCCCACCAGUCCCCCUUCCUUCUACCCCUUCCAGUCCCACUUCCUUCUACCCCUUCCAGCCCCCCUUCCUUCUACCUGUUCCAGCCCCCCUUCCUUCUACCCGUUCCAGCCCCCCUUCCUUCUACCCGUUCCAGCCCCCCUUCCUUCUACCCCUUCCAGCCCCGCUUCCUUCUACCCCUUCCAGCCCUCCUUCCUACCCUGCUCUUUGUUUCAUGCUAUUCACCUGACAUUCUGACCUCAUCACUUUCCCACCCACCCUCCUUUCCCUACUUGCUCAUUCCCCCGUGCCUCUGUCCAUGUGUUCCCGCACACGUCCCUUCACAAUCCCCCGAUGCCUUCCCCCACGCUCCCCACCAUGCCUCUCUCUUCAGAUCCAACGCCACUCAAAUCAUAAUAGACGUGCGUGGCAACGGUGGCAGCCACACCGCAGCAGCAUACACAGCCAUCCGCCUGCUCAUGGGGGCAGCCAAGGUCCCGGACUCGGAAUUCUCCAUGCCCGUGGAUUUCAUCAUCGGCACCCCGUACACCGAGAAUGCCAUCAGCGCUCUCUCCCUCGAUCCCAAUACGCACUACUACUACAGAGGAUACUCCGACCUCAACGGAACGACACUCACAAGCGCCUUUGACUACGCUCCUUUUCGCAAGCUCCGCUUCACAGUAGUCUUAUGCUGA